CAGCAGGUAUAAAAGACCCGGGUUGACCCACCCGGGUCAAGACCAACACACACAAAAAUUGCGCCAGCAUUAGUAGGCUGGAUUAGCAGCUGUAUACUUUUAAUCUUCUCAUGGAUUCUGGUGGACUGCCCUACAACUACUCCGAGGCGAACAUGAAGGUGGCGCCCAUCAUCACGUCUUUCAAGAGCACCGUGGUACUCGAGGAGAUGUGUUUCAACGAGGAGAAAUCUGCGGUCAUGGAAGAUCCGGUGCCAGUGGACUCGUUCAGUCAUCGGUUUGUGGAUUUCUGGAGGAACAAGUACACACAGGUCGAUGCUUCCAUCAAAGACGUGCAUCUGGCGUUGGCUCAUAAGGUUCUGUUGAAGGAAAUCAGGAGAGAGAUGAAUGUGCAGGUGACUGACGAGCUCUACGAGUCAGGCUUUAGGAAACGAAACAUGUUUGUGACUUUCUACAUGGCCCCAGAAGGGAAGUUCACUGUAGACUUUGCCAAGUUGCCAGUCAACUUGCCUACGCUUCAGAAUUUGAAUAAAAAAUACCUGGGUGCUCGCAUCCCAGGGUUCCAACCAGUGCACCUGAGCACUGACCUGAUGCACAUGCUGAUCAACCUGGAGGCCAGAAGACUGCUCACUCUCAACGCGGACAAUGUCCUGUCUCUGAGGGUGGGGGCGGAGUACUUGAACUUCAUCCAGGUCAAGAAAUUUUGCGAGAAUUUCAUCAGCUACUAUUUGACAAAUCAAAACCUGUUUCAAAUUCUGGAGUUUGCCAACGACUACGGCUUCACAGUACUGAAAAAAUACGCGGAGGGCUACCUCUGCAACCAUUUGAGAGAGGUCUACAGUAAUGCCGCCUUCUGCUGCCUGAGUCCUCGCAGGCUUUCCCACCUGCUGGGUUCUGACGACCUGGUUGUUCUGGAACCGGAUACGUGGGUUCCCAUGACAACCAGAGACCGGGAAGUGACGGUGUUUGAGGCAGUGCUUCAGUACCUGUCAGAUUCCAGAAACAGGGAGCACUCGUACGUCGUGGAGAUGAUGCUGGACUCAGUCCGCAUGCUGGACAUUGGCGUGGACAACUGCUGGAACAUUUUCUCAGCCUAUCCGGAAGUGCGUCGGGUGGAGGCGAUCAAGAGGAGGAUGACCCUUGCUGGGAAGAUUUACCUGGCCAAGGAGGAUGCCGAGCUGACGGACCUGACUGCCAAGUGUCCGUUCGCGUGGAGCAGGAGACGGGUGCUGGCCCGCUGGAGGAUCCACGAGACGGUCCGGUGCUACGGACCGGCCAGGUACCCGUCCAUUGUUGGCCGGCAUCCUGCCAAUGAGGAUCUGGAACUCUGUGGCUUUGAGAUAAAAAUCCAGCAGCACAAGGACAAGUCAUUUAUUGGAGGACUGAAGACUUAUUACAAAGACAUUCAUAAAGGAACUGUUGAGUUGGAGGUAAACAAGGGAAUAGACACAGCAGAUGGCACCAUUAAGGUAGAUCUUGGUGAUGACUGCAUAGUCUGUGCAAGCGUCGCAGAUUCUGACUCUGCCGUUCACCGAAUCGUCUUCUUCACACUAAAAGGAGACAUCCUGGGGCCCUAUGGAGACUUGCGAGGCGACGACACAGACUACACCGAAUGCUUGAACGGGGCCAAGCAUACUCGGCUCCACUCGAUGGAGUUCGACAGAGCCAUGGUGGAUGGAGUGCCUCGCAUUGUCAACUUGGGACUCCGGUGGCUUUGUUUCACUUGA